AUCACAUGUCCAUAAUUAAGAUUAGAUCUAGUACGCAAACGCAUUACGCAUCCAUGUUGUAUAUAUAUAUAUAAGAACUGGAGAGGGAGAGACUAACCGAGAAGAAUGAUUUUGAUAUUCAGAAUGGGCAUGAACAUGAUCCAUUUCUUCUUCCUCCUUUCACUCUUAUCUGCAUCAUUAGCAUCUGAGCCUCCAAAAGCCCACAGGCAGACCUUUAUCCUUCCCAUUGAGAAAGACCGAGGAAGCGGUCAAUACUCAACUUCCAUCGACAUGGGGACGCCUCCAGUCACCUUAGAUCUAGCCAUUGACAUAAGAGAAGGUUUGGUAUGGUUCGAGUGUGGCAGCGACUACAACUCAUCAUCCUACAACCCCAUCCGCUGCGGCACAAACAAAUGCAAGCUAGCCAAGGGCACCGACUGCGUCACGUGCACCAACCACCCUCUGAAGACGGGCUGCACCAACAACACGUGCGGCGUCCAACCAUACAACCCCUUCGCCCACUUCUUCGUCAGCGGAGACCUGGGUCAAGACAUAUUGUCCUCCUCCUCCACGCACUCAUCCAACGCUGCAAGAGCACCUUCCACUUUACACGUCCCACGCUUCAUUUCUUCCUGCGUCUACCCCGAUAAGUUCGGGAUCGAUGGCUUUCUUCGAGGCCUGGCCCAUGGAAACAAAGGAGUCCUGGGCCUUGCCAAAACCGCCAUUUCGCUACCCGCGCAACUCGCUUCCAAAUUCAACCUUGAACGUAAGUUUGCGCUUUGUUUGCCUUCCUCUUCCAAGUAUAACAAACUCGGGGAUCUCAUUGUUGGUGGUGGCCCUUACUAUUUGCCGCCUCACCAUGCUUCCAACUUUCUUUCCUACACUCCUUUCGUUGUCAACCCACACAGCACAGGCCCAAUAUUUGAUCAUGGGCCUUCCACUGAGUACUUUAUUGACGUGAAGUCAAUCAGCGUUGACAACAAGGUAGUCAACGUCAACACCUCCCUUCUGGCCAUUGACAAAAACGGAAACGGGGGCACCAAACUUAGUACGGUGACUCCUUUCACGAAAUUCCAGAGUUUACUAUACGCGCCAGUGGUGAAUGAUUUUGUGAAGGGAGCGUUGGCUAGGAGAAUAAAGAGAGUGGCUGCGGUGGCACCCUUUGGGGCGUGUUUCGAUGCGACAAGCGUUCGCAAGAGCAGGAGUGGACCCUCCGUGCCAACCAUUGAUCUGGUACUGAAGGGGGGAGUUAGAUGGAGAAUUUAUGGUGCGAAUUCAAUGGUGGCCGUGAAUAAAAAAGUGUUGUGCCUUGGAUUUGUGGAUGGAGGUUUGGAGCCAGAGAGUCCCAUUGCAACUUCCAUUGUGAUUGGUGGCCAUCAGAUGGAGGAUAAUCUUUUGGAGUUUGAUCUAGAUUCCUCAAAAUUUGGUUUUAGUUCCUCCCUCUUACUCCGCAACGUUAGUUGUUCCCAUUUCAGACUUGUUUGACUUUUCACUCUUCGCUCCUUUCCCAACCUUUGGUUAAUUUCGUCAUCAAUAAACUCUAUUUCCCAUCCUAAUCCUGUGGAAUACAUGCUCAUUUCACUAGUUUGUUCGGAUAAACCUAACUUAAUAAAUUUGUUGCGUAUAAAAACUCAUUUCACUUCGUAUUUUUUAUCCAAUGUAAAAG